AUGAAAAAGAAUUCAGCGCCAUUAUUAAUAUUUAUUUUGCUUCUAUUUGAUCUUAUUGCAUUCACUUCUAUUUUACCACUUUUUCCAGCCUUAAUCGAUUAUUAUGGAUUAAUAGAACGACGAGAUCAAUUAUAUGACGGAAUUGAAAUAUUUUGUCAAUUUUUUCAAAAUACCAUUGGUACACCAUCCUCAAAACAUCUUCAUUCGGUUUUUUUUGGUGGUAUUUUGGGUUCACUUUAUUGCUUACUUCAAUUUUUAUCCUCACCUUUACUUGGUGCAUUAUCUGAUAUUUAUGGACGCAAACCAAUUCUAUUACUGUCAAUUGCUGGAACAUUACUUUCUUAUAUAAUAUGGGCCAGUACAAAUAGUUUUAUCUACUUUGUAUUAUCACGAAUAGUUGGUGGUUUGAGUAAAGCUAGUGUUUCAAUUUGCAUUGCAAUUAUGGCUGAUGUUUAUUCGCACAACAAAAUUGGCCAAGGCAUGGCUAUUAUUGGUGCAGCAUUCUCGAUAGGCUUUCUAGUUGGUCCUAUAAUUGGUGUUUAUUUUUCACAUACAGCUAAUGCUGGUAUUGAAUUAGCUAUCGAUGCACCAGCUAAAUUUGCUAUUUUAUUAUCAAUCAUUGAACUUAUCUUUGUUGCACUAAUUUUACCUGAAACGCUUGAAAUCUCAAAAAGGAAGACGUUAAUUAAUGAAGUAUUUGAAAAUUGUUUAUUGUAUAUCAAACCGAGUGCACUUUUUAGAUUUGCUGCUGUUAAUAAACAUUCAGAAGUGAAAUUAAUGCAAUCAUAUGGACGAGCCUAUUUUGUUUAUAUGUUUUUUUAUUCGGGUCUUGAAUUUACACUAUCAUUUUUAACACAUACUCGUUUUAAUUAUGAUAGCAUGCAACAAGGCAAAAUGUAUUUAUAUAUUGGUAUUUUAAUGACAAUAGUUCAAGGAGGAAUUCGUCGAAUUCCAAAUACUAAGCAUCACAAAACAGCUAUUUAUGGUAUUGCAUUUACUAUACCAGCAUAUAUUAUCAUUGGAUAUAGUAGCAGCGCAAAAGGUUUUUAUAUUGGUUUGGCGCUUUAUGCAAUAGCAUCAAGUUUAGUAGUUCCAUGCAUGACCUCUUGCAUAUCAAAUGAAGCGACGGAUGAUGUCAAAGGUGUCACAAUUGGUGUUUUUCGAUGCUUAGGUGCAUUAGCUCGAGCUAUUGGCCCACUUUUUGCAUCAACAGUAUUUUGGCUUUUUGGACCAACAAUAUGCUAUGUCAUUGGAGGUGUAUUAUUAUUUAUACCUUUAUUUAUGCUAAGGCAGCUUUCAUUUGGAAUAAAUGAAAUAAAAGAAGAGUAA